AUGUGGAGUUGGAAAAAAAGAAAGCGUUUUAGCUUUAAUUUAGUGAUAAACUGUUUUUUUCUCUUCUUUUUGGUUCCAUUCAUUCUCUCUCUGAUUCACCCACCCUCAUUCUCUCUCUCAAUCUCUCUCUCAUUCUCUCUCUCAUUCAUUCUCUCUUUCACUCAUUCACUCUCUUUCUCCCUCAUUCUCUCUCUAAUUCUCUCUCUCACUCACUCUCUCUUUCUUUUUAUCUCAUUCUGUAUCGAUCUUUCUCACAUUUUAUCUCUCACUCAUUCUCUCUCUCUAACUCAUUCUCUAUCUCUCAUUCUUUCUCUCUAUCUCUUUCUCUCUCAUUCUGUCUCUCAUUCUCUCUCUUUCUUUCUCUCUCAUUCUUUCUCUCUCUCACUCAUUCUCUCUCUCACUCAUUUUUUCUUUCGCUUUCAUUCUCUCUCUCUCAUUCUCUCUCAUUCUUUCUCUCUCAUUCUUUCUCAUUCUCUGUCUUUCUCACCCUCUCUCACUCAUUCUGUCUCAUUCUCUCUCACUCGCUCAUUCUCUCUCUCUCUCAUUCUCCCCACCUCCUCUCACUAUCUUGAAUUCAUAAGGGUGAAAAAGGAUGAAUUUUUUUUUUCUAUUUCCCUCCUUUGA